UUCAGUAACUUGCUAAAGCACACAGAUAAAUAUGAACCUUGGAGAAUUUACAUUUGCUCCAAUGUAAACAGAUAGCCAAGGGUCCCUUUAUCAGCACUGGCUCAGGACAGUCGUGGGGGGUCUGAAGUGGCUCAAUUUUGUAUUUUGUUUUUUUUGGGGGGUGUAAAGGCGGGAGGCUGUGCUGUGCCCACUCUCCUGACACUCGGGCGUGUUACCUCGGGACCAUGGUGUAGGGAAGCUGGAAGCAGGAUAACCCAAAUCCAAACCCAAGAGACCCCAGGCUGAAGACCAUGGUCUCGAAGCUGACUCAUCUCCAAGUGGAGCUGCUGGAAGCGCUGCUGGAGUCGGGGCUGACCAAGGAGACCUUGAUCAAGGCGCUGAGCGAAGCGGAACCCUACGGGCUGCAGAGCGAAAGCCAGCGCGCCAUCAAUGCCCUCCAGACUGAGAAAGGGGAGCCCUGUCCCGACAUCCCCACCCUCCCCAACGGGAUGGGGGAGUCCAGGGUAUCAGAAGAUGAAACCUCAGAUGACGGAGAGGAAUUUACCCCUCCGAUAAUGAAGGAGCUGGAAAACUUGAGCCCUGAGGAGGCUGCUCACCAGAAGGCUGUGGUGGAAAGACUAUUACAAGAGGAUCCCUGGCGAGUAGCAAAGAUGGUCAAGUCUUACCUCCAGCAGCACAACAUCCCUCAGCGCGAGGUGGUGGACACCACGGGUCUGAACCAAUCCCACCUCUCACAACACCUCAACAAGGGCACUCCCAUGAAGACCCAAAAACGGGCAGCCCUGUACACCUGGUACGUCCGGAAGCAGCGAGAGGUGGCCCAGCGUAAGUAUGGCAACAACUGCUCUCCUGUCUCAGUGGCACAAAGGCUUCUGCUCUCCCUUGCUCGUCCCUACUCCUUAUUGUUUUCAAGGAAAAAAUUCCCUUGUCCCUUUGUGCUUGCAGAAUUCACACACGCUGGCCAGGGUAUCCUGACAGACGAGCCCAUGGGAGAUGACCUGCCCACCAAGAAGGGAAGAAGAAAUCGCUUUAAGUGGGGUCCUGCCUCACAACAGAUCCUGUUCCAAGCCUAUGAGAGGCAGAAAAACCCCAGCAAAGAAGAGAGGGAGGCACUGGUGGAAGAGUGCAACAGGGCAGAGUGUAUUCAGAGAGGUGUUUCCCCAUCUCAGGCCCAGGGACUGGGCUCAAACCUGGUGACAGAGGUCAGAGUUUACAACUGGUUUGCCAACCGCAGGAAGGAGGAGGCUUUCCGGCACAAGCUGGCCAUGGACACCUUCAGUGGACCUCAGCCCACCCCUGCCCCUCCUCUAACUCCACACAGCUCCUCCUCCCUCCAGCCACCUCCUGCUCUCUCACCCACCAAAGUUCACGGAGUGAGGUACAACCAGCAGCCAGCCAGUGAGGCAGAGUCCUCCAGCAGCAACCACCACGGGAACAGCUCCAUGGUGACCACCCAAACCAUCCUGCACCAGGUUUCUCCCCCUGGACUGGAGCCCAGCCAGAACCUGCUGAGCACAGACACCAAGCUGGUAUCAGCUCCUGGAGGAACUCUCCCUCCUGUCAGCACCCUGACUGCCCUGCACAGCCUGGAGCAGAGCCCCCACGCGCUGAGCCAGCAGCCCCAGAACCUGAUCAUGGCGUCGCUGCCGGGGGUGAUGGCGAUCGGGGCGGGCGAGACGCCGUCCCUGGCCCCCGCCUUCACCAACACGGGCGCCUCCACCCUGGUGAUCGGCCUGGCCUCAACCCAGCCCCAGAGUGUUCCUGUAAUAAACAGCAUGGGGAGCAGCCUCACCACCCUGCAGCCUGUUCAGUUCUCCCAGCAACUGCACCCAUCCUACCAGCAGCCCCUCAUGCAGCAGGUCCAGAGCCACAUCAACCAGAGCCCCUUCAUGGCUACCAUGGCUCAGAUACAGAACCCUCACGCUCUCUAUGGCCCCAAAUCUGAAGUGACUCAAUACACACAUGCAGGCCUCUUACCACAAACCAUGGUGAUAACAGACACAGCCAACCUCAGUGCCCUGACCAACCUGACACCAACUAAACAGGCAUUCACACCUGACUCAGAGACUCACACCGAGUCUGGGAUGCACACACCAGUGUCACAGGCACCAACAAUCCAUCUACAGAACCAAGACACAACAAUCCAGCACCUUCAGCCAGGCCCACGCCUCACCUCGAGCCCUGCUGUGUCCUCCAGCAGCCUGGUGCUGUACCAAAGCUCUGACUCCACCAACAGCCACAGCCAGCUGCUGCCAUCCACUCACAACGUCAUUGAGACCUUCAUCUCCACACAGAUGGCAUCUUCCACCCAGUAACCACCACAAGCAGCUCCUGAGUGACUGCCACAACCAACCUGCCAGGUGCAACUCCAGCCGUGUCUGCCACCACAGCCUCACACAAAGCCUGCUCAGCUGCCUCCAGGACAGAAAACGUCCCAGGCUCAAGACAGAAAACAUGGAAAGAUGAUGCUGGCACUGCUGAAAUCCACUGCCACCCACCUCCACCCCCCAAAAAAAACCUCCCAGCAAACCUAAACCCUGGCAGCCAGGUCAGAAUGGCCAGACACCCUUUUGUGGCUGCCCAAGAAGGAAUCCCAAAGUGCCAGGACGUGGAUGUGACUUUAAUUCACUCAGCUUUCAUCAAGCUGGGCCUGUAUGAACCUACCAGUACCAGACUAAACCAUGUGGGAAAGAGCAAGGCUGAGCUGCCAAAGAAGGGACACCACCUUUAAACACUCUCCUCCUUUGCAAGGAAGCACCAACAGGAACUACAAUAACUGACAGCACCUUGGAAGUUCCUGACUUUGCAAUGAGAAUAACCAAGAAACAGAUUUGGGAAUGGCUUGGCACAAA